GACAAUUACGAUCUUACUACAGAUGCAGGAUGCGGUGCUCAGCACUCCACCUGCUGCGCUGUGUGCGCUCGCAGUUGGGUUGCAGGCGAGGAAGGAUCAGACGGCCCGUGUGCAUCAGGAGAAUAUGGGCUUACGUGAAACUACUGGUUCAAUCGCUUUGCUUCAAUUCCCUCACAGACUCUGAUGUAGUUUUUGACUCAGUUUUUGAACCAGUGUUUGUGACAGUGGAUUAUGUCACCCGCUGGUUUGGCUUGGUAUUUGUUUGUCUGGUGGUGAUACUGACCAGUUCCGUUGUGGUGAUAGCCUAUGUAGCGCUUCUGCCUCUCGCCUUGGCCACUUACCACCCGGCGUGGAUUGUUUGGCAUGUGUGUUAUGGAAACUGGAACCUCAUCAUGAUCGCUUUUCAUUACUACAAAGCUGCCAAGACUUCCCCUGGAUAUCCCCCUACAGAAAAAAACGACAGGCCAUUUGUGUCGGUCUGUAAAAAGUGCAUCACGCCCAAACCAGCAAGAACACACCACUGUGGUAUUUGUAACAGGUGCAUUCUAAAGAUGGACCAUCAUUGCCCCUGGCUGAAUAACUGCGUGGGUCAUUUUAAUCAUCGUUACUUCUUCUCUUUUUGCCUCUUCAUGACCUUGGGCUGUGUCUAUUGCAGCAUCAGUGGCAGAAACAUUUUCCUUGAUGCAUAUAACGCUCUCGAGCACUUUAAGCAUUUGGAUUCAGAAAAGCCAGGCAUUCCUGUAAAAGGGAUGGGACUUCUUAUUGGUCUUCUCCCAUCUGGGCAGCCCAACUUUCAGACACCUGCUCCUCCAUACACCUUUAAAGAAAAGAUGUUUCAUAAGAGUAUCAUCUAUAUGUGGGUGCUCACCAGCACAGUGGGAGUGGCACUGGGAGCGUUAACCAUUUGGCACGCGUUUCUCAUAUCCAGAGGGGAGACCAGCAUUGAAAAACACAUUAAUAGGAAGGAAACAAACCGAAUGAUGGCCAAAUGGGGGAAGGUUUACAAAAACCCUUUUAACCAUGGCAGGCUGAACAACUGGAAAAUCUUCUUAGGGGUGGAGAAAAGAAGUCACUGGGUGACACGUGUUCUCCUUCCCUCCGGACACCCCCCACAAGGUGAUGGUUUGACGUGGGACUUCUUUCUGGUUAAAAAUGAUUCAAUACCUGUAUGACAGGAGACAAACUUGUAGCCUGAUUGUGCGAUUAACCUGUUUUUUUAUCUGGUUUGGCUUAACGGAUUCUUGCUCGACGGCUCCAUAUUUCUGAAGA